AUGCCUGGCCGUACAUCGAACGACAUCCGCAAAGUUGCACUAGCAGGAAAAGGAUACGUUGGCGAGAAAGUUUACAAUGAAUUGGUCCACGCCGGGUAUGAUGUUACUGUUCUAUCACGAUCUAACCCGGGGAACGAGGAGAAAGUCAAAAUUGUCAACUACGAUUCAACAGAGAGCCUCACAGAGGCCCUACGUGGACAAGACGCCGUCGUCUCCACUCUCAACCCGGCAGGAUGGCCGCACCAGUACAGGUUGAUCGAUGCUGCGGUCAGCGUCGGUUCCAUCCAACACUUUAUCCCCAGUGACUUCACUGCUCUGUCUACCAAUCCUGCAGUUGCUCAACUUCCUUUUUACAAGGACGCUAUGGCUAUCCAGGACUACCUCAAAAAGAGAGCGGAUGAGAGUGGCAUGAAGUGGACCAUCGUAGCUACUGGUCCUCUCCUUGGCUGUGUCUUAAAUGGAGACUACAUGUACAAUUACCAAACCCAAACUGCUCUCCACGUCGGCAAUGCCGAGCACAGGGUCAGCAUGACUCGGAGACCUACUCUUGCCAAAGCCAUCGCAGGUAUCUUUGCAAGAUCCAAGGAGAUGGAAAGCGGACCUAUUUUCAUUCAAGACUAUACACCUACACAGAAUGAGAUGCUUGAGAUUGCAGAGAGACUAUGUGGCAAGAAGUGGUCUGUCCAGCAUGCUGAUGCUGACAAGAAGUUGCAGGAGGGGCUUGCCAUGAUCAAGAAAGCAAAGAUUGAGAGGACUUCUCCUCCGAUCUUUGCCACUUUUCUUGUAAUACAUAGCACCAUCUUCGGGGGGAAGUAUAAUACAGCAUGGGAUAGAGAGGGAAAUAUGUUCUUGGGUCUGCCCUUUAUGUCUGCAGAAGAGUUUGAAGGCUUGAUUGCACAAAGGGUUAGAAACGAGCCUAUUGACGGUGGAUUGCCUUGGAACUCAGCACCGAAGCCAAGGAAUGUACCUUAG